CCGGGGUCACAGCAGAAGAAGAACGCAUUCGGCUGCUGUAUGUUGUGAUCUUGGAGAAUCUGUUUCAUGCGUCCACCUCCACGUGCCUCUGUCGGUUUGGGUGUGUGUGUUUUACAGACGCCCCAACAGACCGCCUCGUCGGAUCAUCUGGUGUCUAAAGACGACACCAGACUAAAGGAGUCAUGUUUAGACGAAGAGUACCUUUCCCACAGAAGGCCUUGGCCAUGCUGCUCGGAGUUGCUGGAGGUUUAUAUAUCUACAGACCUUUUUUUGAGCCGAUGCUGAAAAAGUCAAGUAAGCAAAAUCCGGGAGAGACGAAGAAAGAGAAAGAAACGGACUGAAAUAAAUCAUCACUUCCCAGACAGAAGCCAGGAGAACAACACUGGACUGUCAGUGCUGGAUGCCGAACAAAAGACAGGACCUGUGUGGAUAAAUGUUCUCUGUGUAGAUGUAAAUGUACAGAAUAAAAUAAUUGAUAAUUUGAA